AUGGAUUCUGCUAGUGGUGGUUGUGAUGAAAGUUAUUCCACAGACAUUGGUGUAGAAGUCAGUGCUUGUGAUAUGGAAAUAUCACCUGGUAUGACUAAAUAUUGGCGUCCAAUUUGUGCCAACAGUUUGAAGCCUCAUGUUGGGCAACAGUUUGAUUCUUUGGAUAGUGCUUUUGGUUUUUUUAAACAAUAUGCUGGUUCUGUUGGUUUUGACUGUAGGCAGAGCACAACUCGAAAGGGUAGAGAUGGUGGUAUUGUGUUGAAGUAUGUUGUAUGUAGUCGUGAGGGGUUCAAGCAUAGACAUCGUAGUGAUGCGAAGAGGCGUAGGGUGUCCAGUAGGGUUGGGUGUAAGGCUAAGGUGGUUUUUAAAUUCAUACCUAAAGGUUGUUAUUCUGUGCAUUUUUUUGAGGAACGGCAUACCCAUUCGAUGUGUUCAUCUAUUGCUAAGCAAUUUUUAAAGGUCAAUCGCAAUCUUGAUGUUGGCCAUCAAAUUUUUGUUGCAAGUUGUGUUCGGGCAAACAUUGGCCCUACUCGGUCGUAUAGGUUAUUUAAGGAGAUUGUUGGUGAUUAUUCUAAUGUGGGGGCUACAAGUGUGGACUUUCAAAAUUUCAAACGUGAUUUAAUGGCGUACAUUUUGAAUGGUGAUGCUCAAUUGUUCAUAGAUACUCUAUUUAAAAGGCGUGAAUUGUGCGAAGCAUUUGGGUAUAAUAUGGUUUUUGUCCCAUUUACUGGCAUUGAUAAUCAUAAGAGAUGCAUCACCUUUGGUGCUGGGCUACUUACGAAGGAAGACAUAGACUCAUACGUGUGGCUUUUGGAGAGUUUUAAGAAAAUUAUGGGUCAUGAUCCUAUUUGCGUUGUUACAGAUCAAGAUCCAGCUGUGAAGGUUGCCGUUGCUCAAGUGUUUGGUGCGUCAAAACAUAGAUUUUGUAUGUGGCAUAUAAUGUGUAAGGUGGGAGAGAAGGUUGGACCGAUUUUGUCUAAAGACGAGGUGUUUAGGAUGAAGUUGAAUUGCAUCGUUUGGGAUAAUUCAAUUGAUCCCGAGGCCUUUGAGUUGCGAUGGAAUCAGAUUAUGGAGGAAUAUGGGACCACAUCUAGAUCGGAGUCUCAAAACAGUUUCUUUGGUAGCUUCUCUAAUGGACAUUCUAGCUUGGUUGAAUUUUUGGUGCAUUAUGAUAGUGCUAUUGGUGCACAGCGGCAUGCCCAAGCAAAACUAAAUUCUGAUUGUGAAGCUUGUUUUCCCGUGUUGAAGACACCAUUGGCGUUGGAGCGGCAUGCCAUGGGUGUUUACACAAUUUCUGUGUUUUAUGAUGUUCAAGAGAAGAUUUGUGCAUCUUGUUUUUCUUGUCAAGUGGUAUCUUUGAGUGAUUCUGAUGGCAGCGUGUCUUACAUGAUAAAAGAUGGUGACCAUCGAGCAUGGGCUGUCAAUUUAGUUUUGGAUGAUAAUUAUGCAAGGUGUUCUUGCAAGAUGUUUGAGAGGAUGAGUUUGUUGUGUAAGCAUAUCUUUUUUGUUUUUAAAGAUCGUGGUCUUGAGAGUAUUCCUUCUAGGUAUUUGGUGCAUCGGUGGACAAAGGGUGCAUGUUUGCACCCAAUAUUUGAUAUUGAUGGUAUAGUUGUUGAUCAAUCUGCGAAAGUGGAGAACGUUAGGCUGCUUACUAAUCUUAUGUGCUUGAGUGUUGUGUUUUAG